GAGCGCUUCCGGUGAGUGUGGUGAGUGGCGGGCCCCGGGCUGGAGGGGGCCGGGACUGGGCAGCGCCCGAAGCGCCCCGCGCCUUUUAACGCGGUCAUCGCCGCUCGCUUUCCUUUGACUUCCUGUUCCUUCCGAAAGCGCUAUGCUUUGGACCCACCUUACCUCUUACUAUUGACAACUCGGCUAACUCCCAUUCAUCCUUCAAAACCCAUCUCUGGUGGUUUGGCUUUGAAGAACAGCAAGAACUCUGUCUUUAAUGGCUUCGUUGGUAGCUUAUGAUGAUUCGGACUCGGAGGCUGAGACAGAGCCUGCAGGAAGUUUGAAUGCCAUGGGCCAGGUGAAAGACACUUCUGGUACGGCCAGACCGCCUGGGCAGGAUUUUGCAUCUGGUACACUGGAUGUACCCAAAGGAGGGGCACAGCCCACAAAGCAUGGCUCUUGCGGGGACCCAGGCGGCCAUCACCUCCCACUGGCUUGGCUUGGGAGAAGCGAUCGGGGAUCUUGCCCUAGCCAGAGGCUACAGUGGCCCGGGAAGGAGCCUCAAGUCACCUUCCCCACCAACGAGCCUUCUCAUUCUUCUCUGUGGACGAGCCAUGUUCCAGCCAGCCACAUGCCCCUGGCAGCUGCACGCUUUAAGCAAGUAAAACUCUUCAGGGACUUUUCCAAGUCAUCUUUCCGUGCUCAAAGUGAGUCUGAAACCGUAGGUAAAAAUGGCAGCUCUUUGCAGAAGAAGAAGUGUGAGGACGAUGUCGUACCCUAUAUCCCCAAAAGACUAAGACAGCUGCCUGCGUUACGCAUGGAAACAGGCAAGGCUAACGAGGCGGAGCCACAGGGGCGCCCUGCAGGGCGGGCCCCAGCCCCUCUUUGUGUGGCCCCCAGAGUGUCUGAGUUUAUUCAGCCAUAUUUGAACAGCCAUUAUAAAGAAACCACGGUUCCGCGGAAAGUGCUCUUCUACCUGAGAGGCCAUAGGGGCCCUGUCAACAGCGUUCAGUGGUGUCCAGUGCUUUCUCAGAGCCACAUGCUUCUCUCCACUUCCAUGGAUAAAACUUUCAAGGUAUGGAAUGCUGUGGACUCCGGGUACUGCCUGCAGACCUACUCCCUGCACACAGAAGCAGUGCGGGCCGCUCGCUGGUCUCCCUGUGGCCGGCGCAUCCUCAGUGGUGGCUUUGACUUCGCCCUGCAUCUAACAGACCUUGAAACAGGAACUCAGCUAUUUAGUGGUCGAAGUGACUUUAGAAUCACUACCUUGAAAUUCCAUCCGAAAGACCACAACAUUUUUUUAUGUGGAGGCUUCAGCUCUGAAAUGAAAGCUUGGGAUAUAAGGACUAGCAAGGUGAUGAGAAGCUACAAGGCCACCAUUCAGCAGACCUUAGACAUCCUGUUCCUCCGGGAAGGCUCCGAGUUCCUGAGCAGCACGGAUGCUUCCACCCGGGACUCGGCUGACCGCACCAUUAUUGCCUGGGAUUUCCGGACCUCUGCCAAAAUCUCCAAUCAGAUUUUCCAUGAGAGAUUCACCUGCCCCAGCCUCGCCUUGCACCCGAGGGAACCCGUGUUCCUGGCACAGACCAAUGGCAACUACCUGGCCCUUUUCUCCACUGUGUGGCCCUACCGGAUGAGCAGACGGCGGCGCUAUGAAGGACACAAGGUGGAGGGCUACUCAGUGGGCUGCGAGUGUUCCCCAGGCGGUGACCUGCUGGUGACGGGCAGCGCCGAUGGCCGGGUCCUGAUGUACAGCUUCCGCACAGCCAGCCGGGCAUGCACGCUGCAGGGGCACACGCAGGCCUGUGUCGGCACCACCUACCACCCCGUGCUGCCCUCCGUCCUCGCCACCUGCUCCUGGGGAGGGGACGUGAAGAUCUGGCACUGAGCUUUUUGUCAUGGAACUGUCCCGAUGCCAGCUGGGCUCUGGAGCGCCCCUCCUCCUCAGGGGUGGAUGAGAGGGAUGAGCACAGAGGUUGGCUGUGGGUCCUGGGCACCGCCCUCUGAGCCCGUUUCCUCAUCUGCAAAGUGGGGACAAAAGUCUGUUUGUGUCAGGAGUGUGAGGGCUACACUAAUGAAAUUGCCUGGCAGGCAGCCGGUGAUGCUCAAUAAAUGUAUGUUUUGCUAUUUCUUAAGU